AUUUGAAGUUGAAGUCGCAGGUCAAAUUCGAGAUCGUGCAUACUAAGGUGUCGCUGACCGAUCUCCCCUUUCCCUUUUCCUUUUCCUUCUUUUCCGUUCCUUUCGGCGCGCACCCUCUUUUCCCGGCGGUCUGUCUCGCUCUCUCGGAUACUACUAUAUUUAUACCAGCCCUUCCGCCCUUUGUCCCCGUCGACGUCCUUUCCCCGACAGGGCGACUCAAUCAAGUCACCUAUCAUCUAAUUAGAUUCGUUUAGCCACCUGGCGUUAAUGUCUCGAUCGGUGUAAAUUUCGUUCUCUUUCGCCACACCCUUCAACCCCUUCCCUCUUGUCUUGAUCGACUGCUUGUUUACUCCGUCGUUCUAUGAUGGAGCAAGCUUAUCUUGCCUCCCCGGACAAGGCCCUGGGUCAUUUCGACGUUGCGGAGCACUCCGGAUUGUCGCAAGCCCAGGUUGCUUCGUCCAAAAAGACCUAUGGCCCAAAUGCCCUUGCCGAAGACCCCCCCACCCCUAUGUGGGAGCUUAUCCUCGAACAAUUCAAAGACCAACUUGUCCUGAUUCUACUUGGCUCGGCUGCCGUGUCAUUUGCGCUGGCUCUGUUCGAGGAAGGUGAUGACUGGACCGCUUUCGUUGACCCUGCUGUGAUUUUGACCAUUUUGAUUCUCAAUGCCGUCGUCGGUGUGACCCAGGAGAGUAGUGCAGAAAAGGCAAUUGCCGCUCUCCAGGAAUACUCCGCAAAUGAAGCCACCGUGGUUCGUGACGGGAAAGUCCAGCGCGUGAAAGCGGAGGAUCUGGUGCCGGGUGAUGUCGUCCAUGUCGCGGUGGGUGACCGCAUCCCCGCCGAUUGCCGCUUGUUGUCCAUCCAUAGCAACAGCUUCCGCGUCGAUCAAGCCAUCUUGACGGGCGAGAGUGAGAGUGUCCCCAAGGACACUCGCGCCGUCUCCGAUAAGCAGGCCGUGAAGCAGGAUCAGAUCAACAUGCUCUUCUCAGGUACUACGGUUGUCAACGGACACGCAACGGCUCUUGUGGUUUUGACCGGUGGGUCCACCGCCAUCGGUGAUAUCCACGAGAGCAUCACCUCUCAAAUCUCGGAGCCUACCCCAUUGAAGCAGAAGCUCAAUGACUUUGGUGACAUGCUGGCUAAGGUGAUCACGGUCAUCUGUAUCCUGGUGUGGCUGAUCAACAUCGAACACUUCAACGACCCUUCGCAUGGUGGCUGGACCAAAGGUGCCAUCUACUACCUCAAGAUUGCCGUUUCCCUCGGCGUGGCCGCCAUCCCGGAAGGCCUGGCCGUUGUGAUCACCACGUGCCUGGCUCUGGGAACCCGGAAGAUGGCCCAAAAGAACGCCGUCGUCCGGUCUCUGCCUUCCGUGGAGACCCUGGGCAGCUGCAGUGUGAUUUGCUCCGACAAGACGGGCACCCUGACCACCAACCAGAUGAGCGUCGAAAAGGUUGUCUACUUGAACGAGUCCGGUAGCGAUCUGGAAGAGCUUGAUGUUGAAGGUACCACUUUCGCGCCAGAGGGUAAAAUCUCUCGCGCCGGUAAGGCCUUGUCCAACGUCGCGGCCUCCUCGUCGACCGUUCGCCAGAUGACAGAGGUCAUGGCGCUCUGUAACAGUGCCACUCUCGCCCAUGAUGGAAAGAGCGGUGUUUUCUCUUGUAUCGGUGAACCCACCGAAGGUGCUCUCCGAGUCCUUGUCGAAAAGAUUGGAACCGAUAAUACGGCCACCAAUGCUGAUCUUGCCCGCCUACCCGCCUCCCAGAAGCUCCAUGCGUCGAGUGCGUACUACGAGUCCCGCUUGCCGCUGCACACCACGUAUGAGUUCUCCCGCGACCGGAAGAGCAUGUCCGUCCUGGUCGGCUCCGGAAAGGAGCAAAAGAUCCUUGUCAAGGGCGCCCCCGAGUCGAUCCUGGAGCGCUGCUCUCAUGUCCUCUUGGGAGCCGGUGGUACCCGUGUCCCUCUCACAAAACAAUACCUUGACUUGCUUUCCUCCGAGUCCGUGGAAUACGGAAACCGGGGCCUCCGCGUCAUGGCUCUGGCGCGCAUUGACGACGUGGGGGCCAGCCCUCUUCUGCACAGUGCCACAACUCCCGAAGAAUAUGCUCAGCUGGAACAGAACAUGACUUUCGUCGGUCUUGUUGGUAUGCUGGACCCGCCCAGGGUUGAGGUGGCCGGUUCAAUCAAGAAGUGCCAGGCAGCGGGCGUCCGGGUCAUCGUUAUCACGGGCGACAGCCGGAACACGGCCGAGUCCAUCUGUCGUCAAAUUGGAGUUUUCGGUUUCGAUGAGGAUCUCAAGGGCAAGAGUUACACCGGUAGAGAGUUUGACGAUCUGUCGCACAGUGAGAAGAUCGAGGCUGUCAAGACGGCCAGCUUGUUCUCGCGGACCGAGCCUACCCACAAGCUCAAAUUGGUCGAGAUCCUGCAGUCGCUGGGCCACGUGGUUGCCAUGACCGGAGACGGUGUCAAUGAUGCGCCGGCCUUGAAGAAGUCCGACAUUGGCGUGGCGAUGGGUACCGGUACUGACGUGGCGAAGCUGGCUGCUGACAUGGUUCUGGCUGAUGACAACUUUGCGACCAUCACCGUGGCCGUGGAAGAAGGGCGAUCGAUUUACAGCAACACUCAGCAGUUCAUUCGGUAUCUCAUCUCGUCCAAUAUUGGCGAGGUCGUGUCGAUCUUCUUGACCGCUGCCCUGGGUAUGCCCGAGGCUUUGAUUCCCGUGCAGCUUCUCUGGGUCAACCUGGUCACUGAUGGACUCCCUGCCACCGCUCUGUCCUUCAACCCUGCUGAUCAUGAUGUGAUGAGACGUGCUCCUCGCAAGCGUGACGAGCCGCUUGUUGGCGGCUGGCUUCUGUUCCGGUACAUGGUCAUUGGCACGUAUGUCGGUGUCGCUACUGUUUUUGGUUAUAUCUGGUGGUUUGUCUACAACCCCGAGGGCCCUCAGAUUACCCUCUGGCACCUGUCUCACUUCCACAAGUGCUCGACGCAAUUCCCCGAGAUCGGCUGUGAAAUGUUCGCGAACGACAUGUCCAAAUCCGCGUCCACCAUGUCUCUGUCCAUUCUGGUCGUGAUUGAGAUGUUCAACGCGAUGAACGCGCUUUCAUCGAGCGAGUCCCUGAUGACCUUCCCUCUGUGGAAGAACAUGAAGCUGGUCUACGCUAUCAUCUUGUCCAUGGCCCUGCACUUUGCUAUCCUCUACGUUCCCUUCCUCCAAGGGCUCUUCUCUAUUGUGCCUCUGAACUGGACGGAGUGGCAGGCUGUCGUGGCAAUCAGUGCGCCUGUCAUUAUCAUCGACGAGGUCCUCAAGUUUGCAGAGCGUCGCCUGUACAACAUUCCCGCCCACGCGGUUGAGUUCCAGAACGGAACUCCUGGGAAGCCCAAGAAGGCAUAGAUUAUGGGUGAUGAUAUGAUGAUGCAAUAUCAACGGGCGUGUCAUGGUAGAACUUGACGUUGGUUUUUUGUUUUCUUUUUCUUUUUCUUUUCUUUGACUUUCUUUUCUUGCUUCGAUACCUGUUGGCAUGUACGUAUGAUAGCAUUAUACAAAAUAUCUCUCGCAUGUAGAAAUUGAUAGAAGGACGAAAUCAGC